AUGUCUCCAGAUCUAGAGCAAAAGCUUGCGUUGCUUACCUCACAUCGAUCUGUACUUGGAUACUUGCUAGUCGCGCGCGGGCUGCAUCCAAGCAUUAUCCGACAUUCUGGCGUCGUCUUCGAGGGUGAACAAGGCAAGAAAUACGCCGCUGUUGUCGCAAGGAUUGUAGAGAGUGUACAGGCCGGCCUCGACGAAGUAAGGCGGGAGGACCUUGUAGGCGUCCCUGGGUCAGCAGAGACUGAAUCGGACGAGAUUCGGUUUAUGCGCAUACGGACGAAGAGGCACGAACUCAUGAUUUCACCAGACGAUAAGUUUCUACUAGCAGUGCUGCACGACCCAGCCUCCUAA